AUGCCGGCAGCCACAAGGUUCACGACCUUCCCCGAAGAGAUCCAAGGCCUAAUUCUGGCUCGCUGUGGCCUCGAGGACUGCCCCCCCUUCGUGCUGUUUUGCAAGGCCUGGCAUCGCCUGGUGUACGAACAGCCUGAGCUGUGGCGCUCGCUGCGUGUGCACGUGCCCGAAAGCGGCAGCACCACCGGCGGCGGCAGCCCGGCGCCGCCGCUACGCUGGCUGGCGGGCAAGCUGGCGCUGCGGCGGCGCGUGGGGCCCCUGGUGUCCCGCCUGCACCUGGUGGGCAGCGGAAGUGUGGGCGUGCCGCCGCAGCUGCUGCCCUGCCUGCAGCAGGCGACUUUGGAGGAGCUGAUCCUGACCCAGCCUCGGGAGCUGCCGCCCGCCAUGGCGUCCACCCUCACCGGCUUCUCUGGCCUGCACAGCCUGGAGCUGGCGGUGCUCGGCACCCGCCCGCUGCCGCUGACGACCACUCAGGCGGUGGCCGCCGCGCCCGGCCUGCGGCGGCUGACACUGAUGGCCGGGCGGCUGCAGCCUGCCCUGCUGCGCGGCUGCCUGGCGGCCCAGCAGUUGACCCUCCUGGAGCUGACUUCGAGCGACGUGCCGCUGCCGCCGCUGCACCCGCUCACGGCGCUGACAGCCCUGCGCGAGCUGUCGGCGUUUGAGUGGUGCAGCGGCGCAGGCGGCAUGCGCCCUCUGCCGCUGUCGGCCUUCCCGGCCAUUCGCCGCUUGGCCUUCCGCUCCACAGCCUUCCAGCUGGCAGACGGGCUCGAGGCGCGCUCAGCGCCAGGAGCGAGGUAUGCGAUGUUCCAGCUGCGUAUGCUGCCCGCAGCAGCUGCCCAGCCCUCGCCCCACCUCAGGCCAUCGCAGCCUGUGGGGCAGCCUGCCGCGUCAGCCUCACCGGGCGGAGACUGGGUGUUUGCCUGCUCGGGGCUGGAGCUGGGCCGGGAGCUCCCGCUGCAUGCCAUGCUGCGCGCGCUGGGCGUGAGGGGCGCCAGCCUGGUGAGGCUGUCCAUGGAAGAAUGCCAGCUCUCGCCUGCAGCCUUCCUGCCGCCGCCUCCCGGCAGCAGUGACCCGCUGGCCGGCGUGCAGCGGCUGAUCCUGGAGUCGCUGCUGCCUGCCGGCGGUGGAGGCGGCAACUUUGCUGCUGAGGGCGGCCAGCCGCACCAGCCCGGCGGCGGCGCUGCUCCCCCAUCGGAAGGUCUGGACGCUUUACUGAGGCAGAUGAUGCUCAGCAUGCCGCGGCUCAGCGUGCUCAACCUGCUGGGCACCCCGCUGCCCGGGGGCAGCCCGCCCGCCAGCCUGCUGCAGCUCACCCGCCUGACGGUGCUGCAGAUGAGCGGCUGCCAGCUGGCCACUCUGCCUCAAAGCCCGGUCGUGUCACGGCUGGCGGUCCUGGCGCUGGACAGCAACAACCUUGAGGUCCUCCCGCCAGCACUGGCGGGAGCCCGCCAGCUGGAAACCCUGGUGCUCACGGGAAACCCCGAGCUGCGGGUUGCGGCAGCAGAUGUGGAGGCUGGCGGGGCGCUGGGCGCGUAG